AUGGAUUUGAGACGUAUUCUCAACCCUGUCAACAACUCAGGAACCUCCUCGUCCCAAAAUCCAACAACACUAUCAACCAACAUGAAUCUCAGAAACAUUCUCAACCCUGUCAACAACUCAGGAACCUCAACCCAAAAUGCAACAAGACUAUCCAUCAGGGAGUCCAAUCUACAAGCUUUGCGCAUGGCAAGGAGGGUCCGUCGUGCCUCCCCAUUCUCAUUCAGACAAAGACGGAGCUCUCUCUGGGCCAAUGGAUAUCCAACUGCGAGUGAUUUGAGGCCAAUACGCCCUCCUCCUCUUUCCCUAGCUCACGUGCUAGAGCCCGUCAACAUUCAAGUUGCCCAAGUAACAAUUCCAUUAAUCGACCCAAGACGACCACCUCCACUACCAGCUCUUCAGCCUAGGAACUCCAUCUUCCAGCGUAUACCAAACACCACUAUUCAGCGAAUAACUCCCGCCCCUUCCAUGAGCUCAAUGCAGCAAAAUAAUGUUCCAACUACCCGCAACCCUUUCAGACUUACUAUAACGGGAACCAGCGGCUCGCAUCCUCAACUUUCAACUCACCCCCAAACGUCAGCUAUGGAGGGUCACCGUCGUGGUAGCUCCAAUACCAAUCCAAACCCAUCUGGACCUUCAAGAAACGAUAGUCUCAGUGACGCUGCUUCAAAUCCACCAACAACUGCAGCUACAACCCAAGUUCAAAAUCCAGUCCCAGCACCAGCAAGAGCACCAGCUUCAGUUCCAGCUCCCCUUACGGCAACUGCCAGCACGAACUUGAUCCAAAAUCACAGGCCAAAUUUUCCUUAUCCACACCCAUCCUUCCAAGACCAAGACAUCGUGCUAGGAAGAACUCAAGCACAGUGGAGAGACCACUUAGUCCAAGGCCAAAUGGCUGUUCUCGGCCUCCAAAGAGGAGUUCAUGAACGAAUCCAAACACCCGACGGCUACUUCCCAUGGGACAAGACACCAAUCACAACACCCAAGCCCGGCCAAAGGCCCAAUCUCAACUACGUCCAAUACGCAUAUUUGGCCAGAGUACCUGGACAUUGCAUGAAGACCAAGAUCCUGAGAGAAGAAGUCUUCAAUUGGGUUCCUGAACUCAGGACCGACGCAGGAGACCGUUCGGUUUCUCGUAGCCAGUGUAUGAACAGAGGGGUUUUUAUAUCCGUGACGAAUAAGGGAGUUAAGUGGACCCGCCUUCGUAAGAUUGGCGAACCCAUUCAGGAACCGGGUCCGGGUCCAAAUAAGAAUGGGAAGGCAAAGAAGGCAGAGGGUGAGAAGAGAAAGCAUGCUGAUGAGGAGGAGGAGGAAGAGGUAUCUCCACCACAAGCCAAGAAGCAAAAGAAGACUGGUGGGAAGGCAAAGAAUCCAAAGGGCGCAAAGAGAAAGAACACUGAUGAGGAGGAAGAGGAGGCAGAGGAGGAAGAGGUUUCCCAACCACAAGCCAAGAAGCAAAAGAAGACUGGUGGGAAGAAGGAAGCUAAAGCACUGCAGAAGAAGGGAAAGAAGAAGAUGUAA